AUACGGGAAAACAGGAGAGUGAACACCACGGUGACUAACCUCAUUAGCGGUUUUUGAAUGUGGCGAUUUAUUUACUCCUAAGAAGGCGCCUGAUUCAUGGGUGUUGAACGCAUUCGAGAUACCUUUGUGUGGAGAGUAAAUGCGUUGCUCGCGUUUGAUACUAAAACUGGCUGCCUCUCGUUCUAAAGAAUGAGAAAACGGGAAAGAAGGCGGCGCAUCUGUAUCACCACAAGAAAUCGGUCUGUGUAGUACACAUAGGUCUUCGAUGACCUUGUAGCCCGGCGGGCAUUUAAGAAUUGGAGGAAGAAGUUGUUUCAGUAUGCACCUGUUGUUUUCGUCCAAGUCUCCCUUCCUGCAAACGUAGCCGAUUUCUUUGUACGUGCGCUGAAGGGAAAACAAUAACGACACACAGAUGGAGCAUGGAGACGCUACGGAGCGCAUGCUUCCUGUUCGUGGGGAAUCUAUACACAUCCAGGUGUAGACAGAGACGCGGUUAUCAUGCCGACCCCAAAGCGACACAUUUGUCAACGUGUAACCAGCAUUAGUUGGAGUUAUGCGACUACACCGUUAUGUAGCUCAGAGUGGACACUGCAGAACUACCACUUUUGUCGGUCUCAGCGAACUUUGCCUCUCGGCGAGGCUCUCGGGAGAGAAAGGAAUUGCAGGGCGCCAUCUUCUCGGAAGCAUUGCCUUCUCUCCUGCGGCCAGCUGGAAGAUACAGCAGAGCCGAAGCUUCCCUCAUCAACGAAGACCAUGCGGUCUCGCUUUCCGGAAACAGACGAACGAACAAUCAGUACAGAAAUAACUGGGAGGGGCAUAAAGUGCGGUCCCACCCUAGUCGUGGGCAGCAAAAUCGGUACUACACAAACGAGGCUUAACCACGCAAAAUCCGAUGGAAAACAACUGGUAAGUAUGAACAAUGACAGGAAGCGUAAGAAUUAGUGUGGUUGUUUCAUCGGCGGCUGAACUUCUAUGUCGCCGUACAGAAAAGACAAUUUGUCAGGAGGGCCAGUGAAGCAGCAAGACCCUUCUACUGGCACUGAACGAGGUGAUACCACCUCAAAUUUAACACAACAUUUCCAUUGUUUAUUCCUGUCCCUCCGGGUUAUCCUAAUCCAUGGCUUACUGCGAUACUCA